AUGGCGCGCUCGAAGCAGGCCACGCCCGUGAGGCGGCAAACCUCGUCCGAGUACUUUUCCAAAGUCGACCUCGCGCGCACGCCUAGCGACGGCGAGGCGACGCAACCCAACGGCAAGGCGACUGCUGUCGCAGCCGUCCCGGUCGAGGCCAAGGAGGCCGGCGCAUUGCAGAUUCUGAUCGCCGUUGGCGGUAUCUACGCCUCAUUCCUGACAUGGGCAUACCUCCAAGAGAAGCUCACGACGACUCCCUACGGCCCCGCGUCCAAGCCCGAAGUCUUCAAGUAUCCCGUUUUCCUCAACACGAUCCAGUCCCUCUUCGCCGCGACGACAGGCCUGCUUUACCUCGCCUAUAGCUCCCGCAACAAGCCCUCGCUCCCGCCCGUCUUCCCCUCGCAGAAGAUCGUCUGGCCCCUCGCCCUCGUCGCCGUCACCUCCUCCCUCGCGUCCCCCUUCGGAUACGCCAGCUUGAGCCACAUUGACUACAUCACCUUCCUGCUCGCCAAGUCCUGCAAGCUGGUCCCGGUGAUGCUGCUGCACACCACGCUCUUUGGCAAGAGCUACCCUCUGUACAAGUACCUCGUCGUCGCGGGCGUGACAGCUGGCGUGGCCGUGUUCACCCUGCACUCUGGCAGCAAGAAGAAGAAGUCGGUCGUCAACCCGGACGCGAACAUGCCGUGGGGCAUGCUUCUGCUGAGCAUCAACCUGCUCUUCGACGGCCUGACGAACAGCACGCAGGAUUACAUCUUCAGCACGUUCAAGGGCUACACCGGCCCGCAGAUGAUGUGCGCCAACAACCUUAUGAGCACGGCCGUCACGCUGGGCUAUCUGCUGCUGAGCCCGUGGCUCGUUCACACCGGCCUCGGCGAGUAUCUCGGCAUGGACGUCGCCGGGAAUGCGGGGGAGUUGAAGGCUGCGUUGGGCUUCAUGGCGAGAUACCCUGCGGUCUGGUGGGAUGUGCUCGGGUUUGCCGCGUGCGGUGCCGUCGGGCAGGUUUUCAUCUUCUACACCCUCUCAACUUUCUCCUCAGUGCUUCUGGUCACCGUCACCGUUACACGCAAGAUGGUCACUAUGGCGCUCUCUGUCUUCGCCUUCGGCCACAGCCUCUCCAGCCAGCAGUGGCUCGGCGUCUCGCUCGUCUUCGGUGCCAUCGGUGCUGAGGCACAGAUCGCGACCAAGGAGAAGAAGGCACAGGAGGCUGCCAAAAGGGCUGCUGCGGCUGGCAAGACGCAAUAA